CGUGACCGCGCGAGACACGUGAGCGCGCCACGUGACGCGGAGCGGGAGCGCGGCAGAGCGGGACGGGAGCGGUGCAGCCAUGGUGUCCAGAAAGCAGCUGGCAGACUUUGGCUACAAGGCCUUCUCGGGCUCCAUGAUGCUGCUGACGGUGUACGCCGGGUACCUGUGCAGUGUCCGCGUCCAGAGGAUGCUCCAGCACCGCCGCGAGCGGGAGAACGCGCCCGGCCCCGAGAGCUGAGCCUGUGCUGGGAGCUGGGACUGCCCCUGGGACUGAGCCCACGCUGGACCAGCCCCACCUUCCCGGGCCCCCCUGGCUGGGGGAGGCAGAUGGAGCACAAUAAAACCUAUGUGCAAGUGGC